CCGCGCACCGGCCGAAACCGAUUCAGUACGCCAUAACUCGUUCGGCUGUUCUAGUGGUUCGCUCUCGCGCGCGCAAACGUAAACGCACACACGUCGUAUCUGUUCACCCGCGCACGCGAAACGUCGUUCGGUCGUCGGUUUUUUUUUUUUAAAGUAUCGUUAUUGUUUCGGAGCUCUACUGUUUGUCGGAGAAAAAGUGAAAAAAUAAAUCACAAGUUGUCGCAUCGCCACCGCGACUCGUCGGGCAAAAAAAUCGCUAGUGCGCCGGUUCGCUCCCGAUCGCGGCCGUUUACAUAGACGUAUUUAUAGUAGUCAAUUUCAAUUUUUUUUUCGACCGAAUUUCGUCGCGUCGUCGUUCGUUCGUUUCGGAAGAUAAUAAUAAUUGUAUCGUCGUAAGCACUUCCGUCUACUGUUUUCAGCAACAGACGGAGCAUACCCGAGACCGUUCCCGCGGUUUUCCGGCAAACGUCGGGUCGUUUUUCGAUUUCGAUUCGCGGGGUUUUCCUUUUGAUUUUUUUUCACCGUAUUCGCGUAAGACAUGUCUUUGACAUGACCGCGUUCCCACCGACUUGCUGCCAACAACAAUGUCUUCUUCGUCUGGUGUCGCCGAUCCCGAACCAGACACUAUGAUACAAGACAACAUCGCUGCGGCGUACGCGCCUUCCGGUUACUCGAUAACCGAAGACUUUAAGUUACAAACCCACGGUCUGGACUCUCCACACCACCAGGGAUUAUACGGGGGCCUAGGUCACUCGCCCACUUCCGGUUCACCUUGUUCCGUGUACGCUUACCAGCCGUAUCACCGAAAUUACGGCGCGGGCCAGUUCCAUCAAUCGACGGCCGCCGAAAUUCAACAGCAGCAGCAGCAGAUACCAGUGACCCAAAUGGUAGUACCACCUCCACUGUCAGCGCAAAAGUCCUCGGAUGACGCGGCAACGGCUUGUUGGUUGCAGCAUAAUGGCGGUGGAUCGGCUUUCGAACACCACCUGCACCACCAACAGCAGCUGUCGUCAGCGUAUCAGUCGCAUCACCAGCAGAGGCAACAGGACAACAACGGCAUGUCCGGAGGCGUCCAACAGCAGCAGCAGCAACAGCAGACGGCCAAGAUGACACAGCAACAGCAACAGAAAGCGGUCAAGGAGCAGCGGAUCCGGAGACCCAUGAACGCGUUCAUGGUAUGGGCCAAGGUGGAGCGGAAAAAAUUGGCUGACGAAAAUCCUGACUUGCACAAUGCUGACCUUAGCAAGAUGCUCGGUAAAAAAUGGCGAAGUCUGACGCCGCAGGACCGUCGGCCGUACGUGGAGGAAGCUGAACGGCUGCGGGUGAUCCACAUGCAAGAACACCCCAACUACAAGUACAGGCCCAGGCGCAGGAAGCACAACAAGCAGCGCGCGGGCUCGCCGACUUCCGUGGUCGGCGUGUCAGCGGCAGCGGCGGCGCAGGGUGGAUCCGGACAAUCGCCCACGUCCCGGCGCCCGAACUCUGCGGGCCAAGUCAAGCUGGUUCAGUACCCGCCCAGCUCGCCGUACCAGAGCUCGUCGUCGUACUCGUCGCCGGCCGUCCACCAGCAGCAACCGUACGCGUACCAGCCGUACAGCCCGUCGAAGACGACAUCGCCUUACUACCCGAACAGCGAGAGCCCUUACUCGCCCGUCCGCGUAUCCGACGUCAUCACUCCCGAGUCUUCGCCCACUUGUAGUCCCGAUCCGGACAAACCCGCCGGCCCGGCCGCGGCUACCGACGAGAACGGCGGCGGCGGCGUACAGGCUCCGGACGGAGGACUGUUGCAGCAGCGUUCGGCCAGCAAGACGCCCACGCUUCCCACGCCCGAGCUAUCGCCCAUGGAACCAGCCACGGGCGCAGGCAAAGACCCACACCACCACUCCCAUCACCAUCAACAACACCACGGUCACCAACACUUGCACCACCCGUACCACCGGACCGACGUCGUCAAGUACGAACUCGACGACUUUGGCGGCUAUUACGGGAGCGGCGGUGCCGGUCAGAAACUGUUGAACAACAAUAACAACCACCAUCGGCAGUUCAACAACAACAACAACAGUCAGACGUCGUCUUAUCAGCCGGCUCCCGGUUCGAUAGCGGCCAUGGGAGUGGCCAAGGGCAUGGUAAUGAUGUGCACCAAUCAGCGAUUGGCGUACGAACACAACAACAUAGUGACCGGCACGUUUUACCCGCCGAUAGCCACGUCCCAAGACCAACAGGUUCUCGGACCCAGCUCACAACACCACCAACAACAGCAACAACAGCAGCAGCAGCAGCAGCAGCAGCAACAACAGCAACAGCAGCAGCAACCGCAUUACGCCAACAGGCCGUUCUAUUCGACUAGUGGACUUCACGCUGCCGGCACAGCCGUCUACACGAGCAACCUCUCGUCGGCCACGGCCAUCGCGGCCGGCAGACCUCCGUCCGACGGAUACCACGCAGCCGGAAGUAUUUUGCAGCAGCAGCAAGAAGAUCACCACCACAACUUGCAGGGCUUGCAGCAGCACAGGCAACAGUCGACGGGCAACGAUUAUCACGGUGGCGGCGGUGCGGGCAGAGGCGGUGGCGGCGAAAUCGUCGAGAUGAGCUUCGAACAUCACCAAACGCCCUCGGAAAUGCUGUUGGCCAACCUACAGCGGCCCAGAUCUCAGCAGUCCGACGUCGCGGCGGUAGACGCAUCGUCGUCCGCCGGAGCCGGCUCCGAACUCGAUCGGUACUUGAAGUACAUGGCCCAACAGCCGGACAACAAUCACAACUAUCAGCAACAACAGCAGCAGCAGCAACAGCAACAACACAACAUUAUGUUUGCCGGAAUACAACAAUCGCACCACCAACAACAACAACAACACCACCACCACCAUCAACUCCAGCAGCAGCAGCAGCAACAGCAACAGCAACAGUACGGUUCUUACUAUGCACCGGCGGUGGUGCAACACGUCGUGCACCAGGACGUCCAUCAUCACCACCAACAGCAUCACGGUCCGUCGUAUCUGCUCAACAACUGCGGUAUAAAAAGCGAGUUCGGCGGUUACGCGUCUCUGGACGGUCUGCCGCCACAACACUAUCCCGACGUGCAGAACGUCCCGGCCACGGCCAACAUGCAGAGCGUGGCCGCGGCCGCAGCAGCCGCUGCUGGUCAGGUGUUGGCGGCCGGCGGGGGCGGAAAACCGGACGAGGAGUUCAGCGUCAUACUCGCGGACGUCCGGAAGACUUGCUACAGCAGUUAAAGUCUUCUAUUUGUUAUAGUGAUCUGCGGGUUUCCGGGCGUGACGGAGAACGAAAGCCGAAACGAUUCGCGCGGUUUUAGUCUUGGAGACCGUUCUCCCGAAACGCUUUCGAAAUCAAACUUUACGCGUUGUAGUAACUAUUGCGUUCUUCUCGUUGCGAUUUUCAUAUCAUAUAUAGUUUUCUAUUAUUAUUUCUAUUUUAUUAUUUUAUUUAUUUUCGCGAACUCGAGCACCGCGCGAGAAAUCGUUGUUGUACAUAACGUCGUGUGUAACAACACGUUAUUUUAUUAAUAUAUAUAUAUAUAUAUAUAAUUGUUUUUGUAAAUAAUCGAAAACCGCAUAGGUUCUGUGAUGAUUCCGCUUUAUCUCGGGCGACGAUGUUUUUAUUAUUAUUAUUUAUCCGUGUUUGUGUAGUAUUAUAUACAUAAAUAGUUUAUCAUUGUGUAAAAAAAUUACCUAUACGUUUUGCAAUAGGCUACAAAAACGUGUUAUAUCAUAAACUAUAUAUUAUAUAUUAUUAUAAAUAAUUAGAUUUAACGUAUUAUUAUUAAUAUCAAUUAUUAUUACAGGGUUUGUUAUGUAUAUAUAUAUAUAUAUGAGAUUUAUCGUUUUGUGACUAAAUAUAUAAUUUAUUGACUAUGAUUAUAAUAUCGUAUAUUUACGCAUGAAUUAGUUUUAAAUUCCGUUUUUCAACCGCUCAGUCUUCCUACGAUCGAACAACACAUUUCAUAAUAUUAUUAAGAAGUCGUAUAAUAAAUUAUAUAGGAAUCGUGUCACGAUAAAAAUUAAUAUCGAUACCUAUAUUUAUUUUCCGUGUAACUCAUUUCUGUACAUACAUAUUGACAAUGUUUUCGGUUGUAUUGAUUAUAUAAUAUUAUUUUGUAUACCGUUCUUACCGUGCUCGUAUUUGUUGACUAUAUACUGUUAUACGUGUAUACGCGUUAUACUAGCAUGUGUUGUAAUUAUAUUUUAUUCCGUUAUUCAGUGUAAUAUGUAUAAUAUGUGUAAUUUUUUUUUUUAUAUUGAAUUUUGUAGUACCUAAAUAUUAAUUAUACAUUAAAAUCGCACAUUGAAACAUUUUA